GAAGUCUCCGAGUAAGUUUCGUUUGGAGUAGAUUCUGAAAACAAUUUCACCCUCCUCUCGUCUCCGUCUCCGUCUCCGUCUCCGUCUCUGCCGGCUAAUGCUCCUGCGAUGGCGCAGAAGAAGACCCACCGUACAUCCUCUGACGACCCAGAGGAGCUCACCCGCACCGUUCUCCAGGCUGUCCUACUCGCUGACAGCUUUGCUCAGAAGUUCCGCCCAAUAACGCUCGAGCGUCCCAAGGUGCUAUUGCCACUGGUGAACGCCCCGAUGAUCGAGUAUACCCUUGCCUGGCUGGAGUCCGUUGGGGUCGAGGAAGUAUUUGUUUUCUGCUGCGCUCACUCUCAGCAGGUGAAAAGCUAUCUGGAAAAUUCUCAGUGGACGAAGCAGCCUGGCGCGUUCUCUGUUACCACCAUCGAAUCUCACGAUGCCAUCAGUGCCGGAGAUGCCCUCCGUGUCAUCUAUACUCACGGAAUUAUACGGGGAGAUUUUAUUCUCAUAAGCGGUGAUACGGUUAGCAACAUGAGUUUAGCAAAAGCACUUAGUGAACACAAAGACAGGAGGAAGAAGGACCCUCUUGCUAUAAUGACCAUGGUUAUCAAACAUUCAAAGCCUUCAGCACUGACACAUCAAACCCGUCUUGGGAAUGAUGAAAUUAUUAUGGCUAUUGACCCUGGCACUAAAGAACUACUUUACUAUGAGGACAAGGUGGACCUCUCACAGCAUCUCAUCUCCCUUGAUAAGAUGUUGCUUGCUGAUAAAUCCGCUCUGUCUUUACAUAAUGAUAAGCAGGAUUGCUACAUUGAUAUUUGCUCUCCUGAAGUUCUCAGUCUUUUUACCGAUAACUUUGACUACCAACAUCUGCGCCGUCAUUUUGUGAAGGGUCUACUAAUUGAUGAUAUCAUGGGAUACAAAAUUUUUACUCAUGAGAUUCAGUCAAGCUAUGCAGCAAGAGUAGACAACUUCAGGAGUUACGAUACAAUUAGCAAAGACAUACUCCAGAGGUGGACAUAUCCUUUUGUUCCAGAUGUGCAGUAUCUAGGGAAUGGCUUGCAGAUCAAGUUAGACAGAGAAGGAAUCUAUAAAGCUCCUGAGGUUGUCCAAUCUCGCUCUGCACAUAUUGAUUCUUUUACAGUGCUUGGUAAUGCAACCACUGUUGGUGAUAAUGCUGUUAUAUCUAAUUCAGUGAUUGGUCAAGGUUGCACAAUCGGGCACAAUGUUACAAUAGAAGGUUCUUAUAUAUGGGAUAAUGUCAAAAUUGAAGAUGGAUGUAAAUUAAGCCAUGCUCUUGUUUGUGAUGGUGUUCACCUAAGGGCAGGUGUAGUUCUCGAGCCAGGCGUUAUAUUAUCCUUUAAGGUUGAAGUUGGGCAGCAAAUAGUGGUGCCUGCUUACUCAAAAGUUUCCCUUCUUCCACAACCAUCCAAGCAGGAUAGUGAUGAAGAAUUGGAGUAUGCUGAUGCUAAUACUGGAAUUAUAGAAAGCCCAUCAAUUGCUACUAUGAUGAAUGCCCAGAAAGUAGAUUUUCCUACCUCAGAUGCAGAUAGGUCGGGGACCUCUGAGUUUUACGUCUCUGGAGCUGGUUAUAUAUGGUCAUCCUGUGAAGGAGGAAAUGAAGAUGAAUGGAGGCACUCAAUCGCACCAAUCCCUGCAGACAAGCUUUCGGAGUCAUUGCUAAAUGCUUUUGCUGAUGUUGAUGCACCAGACCAAGACACGAGCUGUAUUCCAGCAUCUGGAGAGUUGCUACCUGAUUCUGCGAGUACAGUUGGUGAUGGUGAAGAUUAUAGAGACUCUGCUGAUUUUGAGAAGGAGGUGGAAGCAACUUUUCAACGAGCUCUUGCUGGUGUGGAUCUGGAGAACGUUAUCUUGGAAAUCAAUUCACUACGACUGUCUUAUCACAUGUCACAUGCUGAUUGUGCUGGGGCAUUGUUCCAUUCUAUAAUGAAAGCAGCAUUGGUACCUUCCUAUUCUUCUAAAAAUGACUUAUACGCAAAUGCUGUCAAGGAAAUUAUCAAAUGGAGUGAUCUUCUCAAGCAUUAUCUUAAAACCUUAGAUGAAGAGAUUGAGGUGAUAUUGAAAUUUGAGGAGAUUUCCGUGGAAACAGCAAGAGAAUUUUCUCCUUUGUUCUCAAAUAUUCUGAGCUGCCUCUAUGACAAGGAAAUUUUAUCAGAGGAAGCAAUUUUAUCGUGGGCACAAGAGAAAGAAGGUGCUGAUGAGUCUGAUAAGAUUUUUACUAAGCAAUCAGAACAGUUCAUUAAGUGGUUAAGAGAAGCUUCAGAGGAAGAAGAUGGAGAUAACGAUUGAACAAAGUUGUGGUUGGUCUUCAAAGAGCCAUUAAAGCAUCUCCAUUUCAUUGGAUAUCCGAAGCUCAAUGUCUCAAUGUUAUGCCGAAACCCUCUGUAUUUUUUUUUUGUUAAAAUUUCCGAUAUGCAACUGAUAAGCGAUUUUUGAAAAGAAUAUAAGUCUUAAGGAUUUUCCUUUUUAUUA